GAUGGCGCAGUGCGUGACCCGCGUGGAGCUCUCCGUGGCCUGCGAGCAUCUCCUCGACAGAGACGUGGGCUCCAAGUCCGACCCGCUCUGCGUCUUGCUGCAGGACGUGGGAGGCGACCGCUGGGCUGAGUUAGAUCGAACGGAGAGGAUAAAGAAUUGUCAGAAACCUGAAUUCUCCAAGAAAUUCAUCAUCGACUACUACUUUGAGAAAGUGCAGAAACUGAAGUUUGGUAUAUAUGAUAUUGAUAAUAAAUCCUUUGAUUUAAAUGAUGAUGAUUACCUUGGAGGGAUUGAAUGCACGCUGGGACAGAUAGUGUCCAGCUCAGUGUUCACCCGACCCUUGGAAAUGAAGAAGGGAAAGCCAGCAGGAAAAGGCACUAUUACGAUUUCAGCAGAGGAGAUUAAAGAUGCCAGAGUUGUGUAUUUGGAAAUUGAAGCUCGAAACCUGGACAAAAAGGAUUUCUUGGGUAAAUCGGAUCCAUUUUUGGAGCUUUACAAGCAGACUGAUGCUGGAAAAUGGCAGCUGGUGUACAGAUCCGAGGUGAUUAAGAACAACCUAAACCCAUGCUGGAGGAAAUUCAGUGUUCCCUUGCAGACAUUCUGUGGUGGAGACUUUAAUAAACCUAUCAAGGUGCAGUGUGCGGAUCAUGAUAGUGAUGGGUCCCAUGACUUGAUAGGCAGUUUUGAAACUAACCUGACUCAGCUGCAGGAAGCGGGUGGCAGCUCUCCGGUGGAAUUUGGAUGCAUUCAUCCUGAGAAGAAACAAAAGAAAAAGAGCUACAAAAACUCUGGCAUCAUUAGGAUCAAAUCCUGCAAGAUUGAAAGAGAUUACUCUUUCCUGGAUUAUGUCAUGGGAGGCUGCCAGAUUAACUUCACAGUGGGUAUAGACUUCACUGGCUCCAAUGGAGAUCCCAAGUCACCAGAUUCCCUUCACUACAUCAGCCCGGAUGGGAUAAACCCGUACCUGAUUGCUAUCUGGAGUGUGGGAAGUGUCGUCCAGGAUUAUGACACGGACAAGUUGUUUCCUGCAUUUGGGUUUGGAGCUCAGGUUCCUCCUAGCUGGCAGGUAUCUCAUGAGUUUGCUUUGAACUUCAACCCCAGCAACCCUUACUGUCAAGGGAUCCAAGGAAUCGUGGAUGCCUACCGCCAGAUCCUUCCCCAGCUCCGUCUCUAUGGACCAACCAACUUCUCUCCCAUUAUCAACCACGUGGCAAGGUUUGCAGCACACUCGUUGCAGCAAGGGAACGCCUCUCAAUAUUUUGUCUUGCUGAUCAUCACAGAUGGAGAGAUCACUGACCUGGACCAAACGAGGCAGGCGAUUGUCAAUGCCUCCAAGCUGCCGAUGUCCAUCAUUAUUGUUGGUGUUGGUGAAGCUGAUUUCAAGGCAAUGGAGUUUCUGGACGGGGACGGUGGUGUUCUGAGGUCCUUGACAGGAGAACCGGCCACACGAGACAUCGUCCAGUUUGUGCCUUUCCGACAGUUCAAAAAUGCUCCCCGGGAAGCCCUUUCCCAGAUGGUCCUGGCUGAAGUGCCCAAGCAGCUGGUGUCGUACUACAAGCUGCAGGGAUGGCCGCCUGUGAAACUGCCAGAAGUAAAGCAAGUGUAGCGUGCAGCCUGAGCCCGGCCCCGGGUGUCAUGGCGCUGGAGAGCUGCUUCUGCGCCCGCUCUUC